UAUCCAAUCAAUAGCCCAAUCCACUAUCAUGUCAGCUCCCCGACCGAACGCACUGGGUGUCACACAAGCACCUGCCGUACAAUCACCACCAAACGCACCGAAGCCCGACCAAUUUCAUACGGACCCACGGGUACAUUACGAUCGGAACGUCUCCAAGUGGCAGUACGAGGACGAAAACGGUGCCGAAUACGAGUGGGCUGAGGCUGCUCAAGUCUGGAUACCGAUCGUCACGGAUGAGCUUUUGAAAGCGCAACAAGCUGCUUAUGCGGUCCAGGGUGUGGAUGAAGAGGCUCCCGUAGCUCCCAAGCAACACAUCCUGAACCAACGAAAACGGAAACAAGCCGAGAUCGAUUACACCUCUAACGAUCCCAUCCCUUCUGCCGGUACCGGUCUCCCGCCACCUGCCGGCUCCGAUCUCGCUGUGGCUUCCAGCUCGAAAACCUAUGCCAAGCCUCCCAAGGCUCCUCGACCGAUCACGACCGUCUAUGUGACCAACCUGCCUCCAGGGACUACCGUCGAACUGUUGGCAUCGACAUUCAGCAGGGCGGGCUUGUUGAUGACCGAUGACGACGGCAAUCCGAAAGUCAAGCUCUACACGGACGCUCAGGGGAACUUCAAGGGAGACGCUCUGGUCUCCUACUUCAAACAAAACUCGGUCGACCUCGCUUGUACCUUGUUCGACGAUACCGAGCUCGUCCUCGGUUCAGGGGAAGGGAACAUCAAGGUGACCCAGGCUGAGUUCAAGAAACCCAGCCGGGAAGAAGAGAAGGUCAAGGAGAAGAACGAGGCUGCUGCUGAAGAAAAGGAUGUCAAGGAUCUCGGUGUUGGGGUCGGGCAGCAAAAGGCAAAGGGGAAGAAGAAGGUGCCUAAGAAUCUGACCGAGGAGCAGAGACGGGCGGCCAAGCGAAUCAGAUCGCUGCAAAGCAAACUGGAGGACUGGUCGUCUGCCGACGAGGAAGACCCGCUUGCCCCGAACCCACAAGCUCCACCAGCGGGCAACUCUCGAUAUGCCCGCGUGGUCGUUCUCAAACACGCUUUCACCUUGGCCGAGUUGGAAGCCGAUCCGGGCGCCGCGAUCGAGUUGAAGGAGGAGAUACGGGAGGAGGCAGAGAGUAUCGGGACGGUUACGAACGUGACUUUGUAUGAUAAAGAGGAAGAGGGCGUCAUCACAAUCAAGUUUAGGGACGCUAUCUCGGCGCAAGCGUGUAUCCUUAAAAUGAAUGGACGAUUCUUUGGCGGACAACAGCUCGAAGCUUCCAUCUAUACCGGCAAGGAACGUUUCCGCCAGAGUGGUACCGGUGAAGAUUAUCUCGACCCAGACGAGGCGGACGCCGAAGAAAAGAAGCGAUUGGACAACUUUGCCGCAUGGCUCACGGAUGGACCAGGGGAGGAUGGUCAGCCGACAGACCCGUAAAGAGAGGUCUGUAACCUGGCUUGCACGUGUACUUCGACAUUUGGAUGCGGUCCUAUUCAUGAACCUAAGCGGAGUAUCCAGUGAUUGGUCUCGACCUAUAAAACCUGCGGUCAUGCUCGU